UGGGAACAAUUUCUCAUAUUCUUUCUGUUUCUGUAACAUUGCAAUAUUUUCUCGUUAAAUGAUUACUUUUUCAUGUAAAAUUAAUACUUUUUAAUGCAAAUCGGUGACAUUUGUCGUAUAAAAAUCCGACUUGUAUCACAAUAUUGCCCAUUUUUGUGUUGUUCUCGUAAAAUAGUGAAAUUUUUAAAGUAAAAUUAUGACUUUUGUCAUCAUUUUGACAAGUAAAAUUCCGAAUAUUAUUAUAAUAUUGACAAAAUGUUAAAGUUUUCUUAUAAAAUGGUGACUUUUGUCGAGUAAAAUUACGACUCUUUUCAUAAAAUUGCCGACGUUUUAAGCUUUUUCUUGUAAAAUUGCGACUGUUAUUGAAUCAAAUUCCAACUUUUAUCAUAACAUUGCACAAAUGUUCAGUUUUUCUUGUCAAAUUUUGACUUGCGUUGAGUAAAAUGACGACUUUUAUUAUAAUACUGCCAACAUUCUAAGUUUUUCUUGUAAAGUUCCAAUUCAUUUUUCACAACAAGCUUUUUAUAUUUACAUAGUUUGUAUACAUUAUUAAUGUUGUAAAUACACUUCUUUAUAUAUCUAGAAAGGGUGGUCCUAGAGAGGUAGUAGGCCUUACUCAGAGGUGUCAAGAAGGUAACAAAUACAAGAAUGUGUGUGUGUGUGUGUGUGUGCACGCCUGUGAGGGCCUUAUGGGCGCUAGACAGUACCCCCACUAUCUGCAUUGUUAGCCACCUCUUACUUGCCAUAUUUUGCGAUUUAAAAUGCAUAAAAAAAAUAAAAAAAACAUGUUUAUUCUUAUCUCACAUAAAAAUUGUGGGGGAAAAAAAGUGUGUUAGCAAAGAGCAAACAAAGUGCUUUUCAUUAUUUCAUGCAAGGCAUUUCUCAAGACUUUUUCACCUAUUGUUAAACACAUGGAGCAGGAAGAAGAUGUGACUAAAUGCCUAACUUAACCGUGGAAGCCGGGUCACAGAUAGUGAAAAUGGCCGAGGUCAUUAUAGAUCCUAUUGUCCUCAAGCAUUCUUUGUCGAGGAAGUGUUUUCCAAGUUAGUGAUUCCCUCUCAGCUCGGGUGAUUUCUGUCAAUGUUUCAUCUGUCCUCCCCAGAGAGGCGGUGGGGAUGUCAGCCAAUAGACUGCUGCAGUGUGGGCCCCCCCGGGGAGACGCUUUAAAGGUGAACGGCGCUCUCAUUAGUGACAGACACCUGCCACUCAGGUGUGGGGAAUAGUUUCCACUCCAUCACUUUGGACACACUUGGCUCGGAGUCCGUGACAAAGUUGAAUUCGCUCUCCUGCUGGGAAGUGUGCGCUUGAAAAGAAGAAGUGCGCCAUGAGGGACUUCAAUAUGCAUCACUUCUUAAAGCGCCGCGGUCUUGCCGAGUGAGCCGAACAUGGCCAGCACCACGCUUCAGCUCCUCGGCUUCCUCCUAAGUCUGCUGGGCUUGGCGGGAACCGUAGUCGCCACCGUGCUCCCGAACUGGCGUAGCUCGGCCUACAUCGGCUCCAACAUCAUCACGGCCUCGGCCACCAUGCGAGGCCUCUGGAUGGAGUGCGUGUGGCACAGCACUGGCAUUUACCAGUGUGAGGUGUACAGGUCUCUGCUGGCACUGCCACAGGACAUGCAGGCUGCCCGGGCCCUCAUGGUGCUCUCCUGUGUCACCUCCGUCCUUGGGAUGGUGGUUUCUGUGAUGGGUAUGAAGUGCACCUACUUUGCUCGAGGCUCGCUAAUCAAGUCCCCCCUGGUGCUGAGCGGAGGGAUUUGUUUUCUCUGUGCCGGUGUACUCUGUUUGAUCACCGUUUCCUGGACCACCAAUGACGUCAUUGUGGAUUUCUAUGACCCCUUCCUUCCGGGUGGCAUGAAGUACGAGAUCGGCCUGGCGGUGUAUAUUGGUUUCGCCUCGGCCUGUCUCAGUCUGAGUGGGGGACUCGUGCUGUGUUUGAACAGCGGCGGCGAGCGCCCACCGAGGCGACCCCAAAUACAUAGGAGUCAGCCUUCAUCACCGCCCCCACCCUUCAACAACAUCUAUCCCCCAGCGCCUCCAUACAAACCUCCAGAGGCUCUCAAGGGCAAUCGAGCCCCCUCGCUUUGCUCCGUCUCCAGCAGUGGCUACCGACUUAAUAACUAUGUCUAAGACUGGCUACCGACUUAAUAACUAUGUCUAAGACUGGCUACCGACUUAAUAACUAUGUCUAAGACUGGCUACAUACUUAAUAACUAUGUCUAAGACUGGCUACCGACUUAAUAACUAUGUCUAAGACUGGCUACAGACUUAAUAACUAUGUCUAAGACUGGCUACAGACUUAAUAACUAUGUCUAAGACUGGCUACAGACUUAAUAAUCAAUCAAUCAACUAUGUCUAAGACUGGCUACAGACUUAAUAAUUAAUCAAUCAACUAUGUCUAAGACUGGCUACAGACUUAAUAACUAUGUCAAAGACUGGCUACAGACUUAAUAAUUAUGUCUAAGACUGGCUACAGACUUAAUAACUAUGUCUAGGACUGGCUACAGACUUAAUAACUAUGUCUAAGACUGGCUACAGACUUAAUAACUACGUCUAAGACUGUUUGCGUACUUAAUAACUACGUCUAAGACUGGCUACAGACUUAAUAACGAUGUCUAAGACUGGCUACAGACUUAAUAACUAUGUCUAAGACUGGCUACAGACUUAAUAACUACGUCUAAGACUGUUUGCGUACUUAAUAACUACGUCUAAGACUGGCUACAGACUUAAUAACUACGUCUAGGACUGGCUACAGACUUAAUAAGGAUGUCUAAGACUGGUUGUGCACUUAAUAACUACGUCUAAGACUGGCUACAGACUUAAUAAUUAUGUCUAAGACUGACUACAGACUUAAUAACUAGGUCUAAGACUGGCUACAGACUUAAUAACUAUACGUCUAAGGCUGGCUACAGACCUAAUAACUAUGUCUAAGACUGGCUACAGACUUAAUAACUAUGUCUAAGACUUGCUAUGGACUUAAUGACUAUGUCUAAGACUGACUACAGACUUAAUAACUAGGUCUAAGACUGGCUACAGACUUAAUAACUAUGUCUAAGACUGACUACAGACUUAAUAACUAGGUCUAAGACUGGCUACAGACUUAAUAACUAUACGUCUAAGACUGGCUACAGACCUAAUAACUAUGUCUAAGACUGGCUACAGACUUAAUAACUAUGUCUAAGACUUGCUAUGGACUUAAUAACUAUGUCUAAGACUGGCUACAGACCUAAUAACUAUGUCUAAGACUGGCUACAGACUUAAUAACUAUGUCUAAGACUGACUACAGACCUAAUAACUAUGUCUAAGACUGGCUACAGACCUAAUAACUAUGUCUAAGACUGACUACAGACUUAAUAACUAGGUCUAAGACUGGCUACAGACUUAAUAACUACGUCUAAGACUGGCUACAGACUUAAUAACUAUGUCUAAGACUUGCUAUGGACUUAAUAACUAUGUCUAAGACUGGCUACAAACUUAGUAACUGUCUAAGACUGGCUACAGACUUAAUAACUACGUCUAAGACUUGCUAUGGACUUAAUAACUGUCUAAGACUGGCUACAGACUUAAUAACUAUGUCUAAGACUUGCUAUGGACUUAAUAACUAUGUCUAAGACUUGCUAUGGACUUAAUAACUAUGUCUAAGACUUGCUAUGGACUUAAUAACUAUGUCUAAGACUUGCUAUGGACUUAAUAAAUAUGUCUAAGACUGGCUAUGGACUUAAUAACUAUGUCUAAGACUGGCUAUGGACUUAAUAACUAUGUCUAAGACUUGCUAUGGACUUAAUAACUAUGUCUAAGACUGGCUAUGGACUUAAUAACUAUGUCUAAGACUUGCUAUGGACUUAAUAACUAUGUCUAAGACUGGCUAUGGACUUAAUAACUAUGUCUAAGACUUGCUAUGGACUUAAUAACUAUGUCUAAGACUUGCUAUGGACUUAAUAACUAUGUCUAAGACUGACGUCUAUGAGCACUGUAUGAAAUUCCACCAAAAUUCAUCAUUCCUGACAACCAGGAUUUACACCUGCAAUGUGUCCUAUAAACCACUAGAUGGCAACAUUAAUCAGGAAAUAGAAACAGGUCCUUUCUGUGCUGUCAACCCUCAAAUAUUUUAUUACAUUUUUUAUAUGUGCUUUAAAAUGAGCUGACAUUUUCUGAAGGUGGUAUAUUUGUGUUGGUGUUUUGUCCACAUUAUACCAAUAAA